AUGAUGUUCUUUUUUCCAAAGAAGCACAAGCAGCACAGGACCCUCCUUUGGUUGAUGGUCGGGGAGUUUCCGAUCACCAUCGUAAUGCUGACAUUGACCGGUAUCGCUUCCCACAAUCUAUACCGGACAUUAUUAUGGCAAGAUGGAGCAGACAAUGGAUUCAACAGUGCUCCGAACGAGGCACUUUAUGCAGCAUCAAACUAUAGACCAUUCACACCCCCUAUGGUCUGGUCCGGCUUCAUUACCAAUUACAAUCUUGUCCUUGGUGUUCUGAGCACCUUCUUCCUCAUCACAAAAUUACCUACGCACUGGAUGAACCUAUUUUAUCCCCCUGUUGCGGUCGUGGUCCACCUGUCCUUGAUCGUUCUGUAUAUCGUGUCAGCGGCGUAUCAGGCUGGGUCUGACAUGUCAGACCCAAGGCAUCCCCAGUCAGGAGCCCCGUGGUACAUUGCGAAGAGUUGCAGUGUCGCCUUUCGAAAGUCUAAUAUUGGAUACUGCAUGCAAGCCAAAGCGCUGUUUGCUGUGACCAUCAUCAUGAUUGUCUACUAUACAGUCAUCCUCGGCUUCUGUAUCCAUUCCUGCUUCAUCACUCCCGAAGAAAAGGAAGAGAUUCGCGAGCGGAGGGAAGAGCGUCGCAUCGAGAAAGAGUUCGAAGAAGAGGUCAUCAAGUCUCCCAGUAUGAUUCCCAUGACCCCCGGCGUAAUGCCUCGAGGAUCAGGCAUGGUUCCUCGCACCCCCGGAGUGCCACCCAUGGCCGCUGGAGGAAAUCCCUCACCCUUCACACCCCGCACGCUGGCUUUCAACCGACUUGGCAAUGGCAAUGGCAGUACCGCCUCGGACCUCCCUCUGAGAGACAACUCCCGCGUACCUCAACCCCAAUACACGUCCGCGCAAUCGAAUGAAGUCAGCCCGGAGAGAUCGACAGCAUCGCCGAUGUACUUCCCGCCGCCGCCAAAGAAGGCCGCUAAGCCCUGA